ACAGUCACACUGUCAUCACAUAACGAAGGAACUUGUAUUUUAAUUUAAUAAAAUAUUCAAAUAUAUUUUUUAAAUACUUGUAACUGGUAUAACCAUACAUAAUUUGCUGUUUAUAUUAUCUAGACAAGCCUUGUGAUGUCUCUAAUCAGAUGAUAAUGGCAAAUAAGCUAUUAUGUGCAACCUACUACAUUGCUAUGGUGAAGGUAUGAGAAGUCUUACAUCCUCCUGUUUCUGCUGAUGGAAGGUUAUAAUGGAAUCACCUUCUACCACAAAGCCUACUCCUCCUCCAAAACCUUCCCCGUUGAAGACGAAAGAGUUUGUAGCACAAAGAUUCUCCAACGAAAUCCUUGGUGUUCCACGGCAGAAACCACCUCUAGCUCCAAAACCAGUUCUUCCAGCAAAGCCGGGUUUUCAUGGAGCCCAACCAAGAGUACAAAGAAGACAUGUAGUGACUCAAGUUGGAGUCAGGAGCGAGAGUGAGGAGUCAGAGCGAGUGUUGCUCAGCAGCACCAGUAGACUCGUAACUGUAGAAACAAAGCAUGUAGAGUGUGUCAUCAGCAGCGAUGAUCAACAUGAGGAGUCAGUGAUUACUCACAACCGUUCAGUCGUUACCUCGGUCGAAACAGCAGCUUGUGAAGCUGACAAAAUCAUCAAGGAUACUUGGGCUUCCCUACAAGAGCAAGCUGCUAAACCUCCCUCAACCCUCCUCAAACAAACUCAUCAAAAUAACACGAGUGAUGUCAUUUUAAGAAAAUGUAUUCAGACUGGUUCCCCUUUAUUUUCUAGUGACUUAACUAAUGAGCUUAAUAAAGUGUUACCAUCGAGAGUAAAAGACGGUGUGACGUUGACCAGGAGUAAUAGCGAAGUGACAAACACCCGCGGCAAUCCGUCCAGAGAGACUAUCAACGCACAAAGACCGAGUCUACAGGUCAACCCUCCAACUCCAGAGUCCGGUACAGAGGGUGAUUGGGUUCUAGUCAAUAACACGAAUGAAUCUGAGACUAAACUGUUACCGAGUAGUAAAAGUAUAAGUGAUUCUAGUCCUCCCUCCAACUCAUCAUUCUUAUACCCGAGUGGGAAUCCAAAUUUAAAUAGUUCUAGUGAGUCAUCAAAGUCUGGCUGUGAUUUUUCUAACAGACUUGUGUUGAGUUCGAGUGAUUGUGACGUUACGUUAAGGAACAAGAGACAUAGUGAGCACUCUAGAGGUGCUUCAUGGAGCGAAGAGAACGAUUCGGCACGUUCUCGCACAAACUCUAUUGGUAACGAAAGUUUCGAUGGGACCAACAACUCUGUUAGGAGGAGAAUAUCUUCAUUUUUUGGAUCGUUCGGUAAAGGUGGUAAGACAAAGGAAAAGCGUGAAAGCUCAUUAUUUUAUUACAGUCCUGGUGACGAUUCCCAAAUGGAGAGUUCAGAUAGUGGGCGUAAUUCUAUGACUUCUCUAAGCGAGUCUUCUAAUCUAACUUUAAACAAUAAUAACAAUUUUGAAUCCCCUGAUGAUUCAAAACAGAAUUUGAAUGUCAGUAACGAGUGCUGUGAUAGACGUAGCAAUAGAAGCUCAAUAUCGGAUGAAAAUUUUGACGGUGAACAAAGUACAAAAUCUGACAAUAUAAGCAAUGAAAAUAAUGAAGAAGAUAUACAACGUAGAAGGAAAGAUAAGUGUUAUAUGAUAGUUCAUGAGUUGAUGACUUCAGAGAAAGUUUAUAUAGAUGUUUUGAAACUGUUAUGCCAAGACUUCAAGGAAGCUGUGGAGAGCGCUAGUCCUCACCCGAAGAGUCCUGUGAUUCCUUCCAGUGAUUUAGACAAAAUAAUAAACAAUCUUCCUCAGCUAUUGAUAUUCAAUGAAAAUCUCCUUAAAGAUAUCGAAAGUCGAAUUGAGACUUGGAGUCAGUUGCCAAAAGUUGCUGAUGUCUUUGUCACAAAAGGCCCUUUUCUAAAACUCUACUUGUCCUACUACCAAAACUUUGUAGCACAAACAGAAUUUCUCCAAGAGUGUUGUGAAAAGUAUUGUAAAUUCGCACAAGUGGUAAAAGACUUUGAGAAAUCAGAUCGAUGUAAGAAGUUGGCUCUUAGUCAUUACAUGUUGAAACCAAUUCAGCGUCUCCCCCAAUACAAACUAUUGUUGGAACGUUACCUAGAGCACCAGGAAGCUGAUGCUCCAGAUUUCAUAGACACCCAAAAGGCCCUCAAAAUUGUCUGCGAUGUUGCAGACCACGCCAACAGUAGUGUGAACAAGGAUGGGGAUCCCAAAGCCAGUAAGCUUCUUUCUAUCCAGUCUCAGCUUGGAGAUUAUGAAAUUGUCAAACCUGGCAGGCAUUUUGUAAAAGAAGGAGAACUUUACAAACUGUGCAGGAAGGAUAUGCAACACAGAUUCUUCAUACUACUGAGCGACUGCCUGCUUUACACAUCAUACUACGGGUCCAUGACUGGACUCAAGGUGAAGAACAAGCUGCCUCUGGCUGGGAUGAAGGUAACUAGAGCCAACAGUACAGACUGUAGCACAGAGUUCAGCAUCAUCACGAGCACCAGAAGCUUCACUCUCCGAGCUAAGAAUGAGGAGGAAUGCAGUGCGUGGGUGGAAGCAUUGCAGAUGUCAAUCAAGGACUACAAUACUCGACAAAUGACAUUCAAGAAAGUCGACCCCAUGACCUCUUCCAACGAGUCACUCAAGAUUGGUAGAGAGGCUCCUGUCUGGAUUCAGGAUAAGAGAGUCACCAUGUGUCAGAUAUGUACAGCAGAGUUCACCAUCACAUUCCGCAGACACCACUGUCGAGCAUGUGGGAAGGUGGUUUGCAGUGUUUGUUCGGACUACAAUGCUCCGAUGCAGUAUUUACACUUCAACUCGGACCGAGUAUGUGUAGAGUGCUACAAAUAUCUCAUGAUUGAAAUGGACAACCCUGCGGCUAAUAUGGCAGAAGUUGUCAAGAAAGAAUUGCGCCUGACUGAUGAAGAAGUUCCAGAAAAAGUGCAAGAGAUAAAAUGUUUGUUUAAGAAGAUUGGCCACAAGACAAGUACAGGAAAGAAAAGAAAUAUUCCUCAAAGGCUAAAGGAGGUGCCAGCCUUUGACAGUGAGUCCCAGAUGAAUGGAUGGUUACUGCGUAAGUCUCGCACCAGCUGGAAAAGACUGUGGUUCGUACUGAAGGAACAAGUCCUGUACGCCUACCGUGCCUCUGAGGAUGUGGUAGCCAGCCACAGUAUACCUGUACUGGGCUACAAACUGGAGAAAAUGCCUGAUAGUGAAUAUGAAGGUGCAAAUGCAGAUUCCAAAGUGCUUUUCAAGUUGGUCCACCCUGGCCAACCUCCUCUAGUGUUUGCUACGGACAGUAAUUCUGCUGACAGGUGGAUAGCCGCUCUUCAAGAAGCAACCACUCUAAAAUUAGGUUGAUUUUAGUUAUUAAAUCAUUUUCUUUAGAUUUUGUGCCUGAAGAGUAGGCUUUCCUUAACAAAUGUUUAUCACAAAACUGCUUUCAUUCAAUAUUGUUUCUUUGUUGUAGUAACUCUCUUGUAAAAUACUUUGAAAAAUUGAUGUAGGAAAGGCUUUUGUCUUUGAUUUCAUUUCCAGGAUAGUUUUCUUUUUUUGUUGACACCAUUUUAUCUCAUGAUCUCCUUUGUAAGGGAGAUUAUCACUCUUUGCUAAAGAAAAGUUAGCCUACUUUUCAUUGUAGGUAAGAGAGGUGAGAGAUUAUUUAUCCUCUUAGUUCACCCUAACUUAUUCAUUAGGUGUGGUAUGUAUUAGCCUCAAAGGUAUUCUAAGUCAAAAAUAUAAUUGUUGAUCAAUAUUGUUUGUAUAUUAUGGAUAAAGGUUAUGUAUUCAUUUUUAGUAUCUGUAACUUGCAACUGUUUGUACAUAUGUUAUUAAUUAUAUUAUAUCUAAUUUAUUUGCUCUAACCCUUUAUCGUAUAAAGUGACCUGUCACUAUAGUAAUUAUAUAAUAAUUUACCAUCAAGAUAAUUUUUUGUUUACUGCUAGUUUUAAAGGUUAAAACCAAACAUUGUUGAUUUUGUCUCAAUAUAAUCUCAGGAAUUUCACUAAACCGGUUAAUCUGGUUGUGCAAUUAAGUAGGAUGAGUUUAAUUGUUUAGAAAAUGAUAAUAAUAAAUAUUAAAAUAAUAAAAUAAUUGCCAUUGUAGUUAAAGAUAAAAACGAAAUGUGCAAGACUACUAAUUGUUAAAAAGUAUAAUAAAACAAACAAAAAAAUAAGUUCAUAUGAUGCCCAAGUAAUGAUGAAACACAUAUAUUUUUAUGGAUUAAAUGCUUAUUAAGUAUCCAAAUCAUUAGUUAAAAAAUAAUAUUACUGAAAAAAUUUACCUAAAGAAAAAUUAUCUGUGACAAACCUAAUCUGAAACGCAUUUUCUUCUGUAUUUUACAUCCAUAGAAGCAUUAUUAUUAAAGCGUGUACUAUUAUUUAUAGCAACUGUACUGGACUCAUAAGGAUCGUUAAGGCUCAAUAUAAUCAAUUUAUUGCUGCGUGUGACAUUCUGAGGUGAAUAAUAAUAAACUUAAAUUAAUUACUGAGCCAAACCACAUCCAUAUCACAAUCAUUUUGAUGAUCUAAUAUUUCUAAUACUUCUGAUUAAAUAUAAUAAGGUUAAGAACAAGUAAAACUUCCACUUGCACCUUAAGGGUACGAGGUGCUGAAAAGUAUAAUUACAUAUUAAGCUGAUAUAGUUACCUAAGCCCCUUAAUCCCCCCUUUCUGAAAAAAUUCUUAAGAAAAUAUUUAAAAAUAAUGAAAUCUAAUGAUAACUUAUCCAAUUCGUUGAUGACAUCCAGCGUGGAACUGCACGGGUAUACUCCUGGCACACAACUACUCUCUUAAGGCCUUUCCUACCCCUCCCCAAGUUCUCCAGCUAUCAGCUGAUUUACAGUAUGACGGGGUCAGCUCUGACCCCAGCGUCACAUUAGAAUUAUAAUUUUCUGAUAUAUACCCUUAUAUUUGUAUAAAAACUGUAUGUAUGUCAAUCAUUACAAUUCAAAAGCGUUACUGAAAAUUUUAUUAUAAUUUUUGUCUUAUCCUUAUCUAUUAGUAAAAGCAGUAUGUGCCAUUAAUUGAUGUGUCUAUAUUUAUUUUGUCAUUCUUAAGUAGGUAUAUCUUAAAAAAAAAUUUAACAUAGGGCUCAGAAGAGAGUUAGUGAAACAUAAAUAUUUAAAUAUCCUGUCUAAUAAUAUUUCUUGCACUAUGAUUUUGUUUUAGAAAGUCCUGGUGAUAUUAGUCGAAUAAAGGGUAUAUCUGUAAAUAGAGUUUAUUGUAAUAAUUUAUAUUUAUUUACUACAAAAUCAUAUUGCAUAAAGCUGAUCUGGUCUUAAAUACAUAAUAGGCAAUGAGGUUGUUAAUGUUGUAAAUAUAUAGUAUAUAAAAUGUUUACUUUACCAUUAUAUUUUCAUCCCUUUAAACAUAAAUGUAUAUUAAUAUCUUACGUUAAGUGCAAGCUUUUUAAAUAUUGUUUGUCAUGAUAAAUUUGAAUAUGAGCCAAUUUUUAAUUUAAUGGUAAAAUCAGUAUUUUAUUUUAUUAUUUUUAACCAUAUAAAACAUGACAUUACUAUAAGGUUGAAUUUUUAGUUAUUAAAUGUAGUGCAAUAAAUUGAGAUAUUUUACAAAAAAUAUUGUUGGUAAAAUAACCAGUUUAAAUAUAAAAGUUAAUUGUGUCCAGAGAAUGCAGAUUUUAUUUGAUGGUAUGUUUAUGAAUGAUGGUCCUAGGCAUAUGAGCUAUCAUUUUUAUGACCUGCAAAUAAAACUCAUCUGUUUUUUUACAUCCUACAUACUGUACGUGCUAUUUGGCAAAGCCAAACACACAUAUCUUAUACCGCCUUGUAGCUACUUUAUGUAACAAAAACUAUUGCCUGAAACUGUGUUUUCGUGUCAAUAAUACACUGCCAAUAGUCAUGCUAUCAACUGCAGUUCUAUGAAAAAUGCCUUGUAAAUUUAUCAUAAAAUAGUCAACCAUGCACAUUUUUGAAGAUUUUGUAUACACUUUUGGAGCAAUGUAUAAAGAUGAAAUCAAAUGAAAACUCUACAAGAAAAUGUUUAGCAAUAGAGCAUUUGAGUAACUAAUACUGGUUCUGUGAGUUUUUACUGCUUUUUAUAUGUGUUUAAAUUAUUGGAAACAUUUACAUACCUCGUACAAUAUCUCUAGACAUUUACCUGAUUUGACUGCAAUAUGGCUUAAACAGAAUAACCAAUUGUUUUUAAGAAGUUUAAUUACUUAAUUGAGGAACACUAUUCAUGUCUAUUUAACUUUUAUUUUAUGAAUUCAUGUACUGCAAUCAUUAAUUUAUUUUGAAGUUUAAAAAACAUAAAAAUUGUUUAUUUUAGUUUAUUUAGCUAAUUUGGUUGCCUCGUUCUUCGGAUAAAAUAGAUACUUGAAUUACCAACAAAGACAAAGUUAGACAUUCUCUACUUGAAAUAUUAUUGUCCUAUUUCAAUGGGAAACUGUAAGUAAGCGUGAUUAACUUGUUGACUUCUAAUGAUUUGGAAAGUGUUCUUCAAUUAAUUAAUUUGUUCAUACUGUAUAUGAGUUAACCAGAUCACUGAAAAUCAAACCCAUUUUUUCACUUCAUGAAUCUUUUAAUGACCUUGUACUUGUAAUAUUUUACUGUUCAUGAUCAAUGCAUAAUAACAUUAGCAUCAAUUAAUGAAAAUGUUGUUAAAAUGAUGUCCUGUCUUAUGUGCCUUAACAUUCAUCACAUUGUUGUGAGUCUUUUAUUGUAAACAUUGUAACAUGAAAUAGAUACAACAAUUUAUAAUAAUAAUAAUAGAUAAUAUUACUGUUUUUUUUUUAUAUUGUUAUUGUAUUUAUUUCCACUUAGCAUUCAUAUGUAAAUUUAAUGUAUUAAUAAACUUUCCC